AUGUCUGAAAUUCGCACUUUUCUCGUCUAUUUUGAGCUCGAAAAUUCGGGAGAGCUCGCCGAGCCACGCGUUUUACAGGUACCAUUGUCAUAGAAACGUUCAACACAGUUUUUGUUCGAUUUUGCAGCUUCCCGAGCACUUGUGGCGAUUUUCGGAGUUUUUCCAAGCCGAAUUAAAGUCGGAAAUACCGGAAAUGGAUGGAAAUUUUAAGAUGAAAUGUGGGAGAGUUUAUUUAGAAAAUUGGAGGAAGAGGAAUUGCAGACAAUUCCACGGAUGGAGCAAUUUUGAAAAUUCGCGGAGCCGAAGAUUAUGAGCAUUUUUCGGAGAGACUCGAAAAUUCGGAUGAAAAUGAGGAAAUUGUGAUCAUUUUGGAGAGAAUUCGACUUAACAAAAAUGGCCAGAAUCCCGUAAAAGCUGGUGAUUUCUUUACAGAUUUUGGCCUAAGAAUUUUAAAAUUGUUGUAGACCUCAAAAUUUAUCCAUCCGAAUUGCAACGUGGCAAAUGCGUGGGAAACGGAAUGCACGCGACUGUUAGAAUGUAUUUUGAGGCUGGAAAUGGCCACAAAACGAGAUUUUCAGGGGUUUUCAUGAAAAAACGCAAAAAUGGUAUGUGAUCAAGACGAUUUUAUCGCAGAAUAACGAUAGAAACGAGUAUGAGAAGGAGAUUUUGGCGUAUGAAGAGGUGCGAGUGCAAAAAUGUUCACAGUUUGGCGAGAAAAUCGAUUGGAGAAGUUUCCACGAAAAACAUAUUCACCGUACUAAUAUAUGCAUAAUUUGAUAGGCCACAUUUCAGUGCUCCAAAUCCGCGUACGUAGUGGGCUAUCACGGCUGCGAAGUGAGCCAUUCGAAGAAGGAACUCGUGCUCGAGUACAUGGACCGCGGCGACCUCCGUCCGUUCGGAGCGCUUCCGUUUCCUGUGCAUCUCCAAGUGGCCGUCUCGUUAAUAAGGGCCAUCAGAGACGUGUGGAACAGCGGUCCCGGCUACAUUCACCGCGAUAUCAAACCCGAGAAUAUAUUGUGCAACUCCCAGGGACACAUCAAAAUAUGCGAUUUCGGGGCCGCCAAGGUUUGGGGAAAUGAGAAAAAAAUUGGAAAAAUCAUCGAAUUAGGGAACAAAAAUCAAGGUGACGGCACAUUGGACCAUGAGAAACCUCUGGUUUUUGUUCGUCUUCUCUCAAAAUGCUAACCCAACAAUAACUAGAUUAUUAGAUAUUAUUAGCGUUGUUAAAGGACCAGGGAACCCAAAAAUUUUUUGAUGUUUUUGUGAAAUGUUUUUGUGACUGUUUGAAUUGUCUCUUAUUGCCUCAUACACUGGUGAAAUGCUGCCUCUCAAAAAUGCCAAUGAACGAAACGGCAUGCAGUUGAAGUUGUGGCCGUGGCCUAGCGCCAAUGGCCGAAAAAUAUAUAUAAAUAAAUACGCUUCUCGGCCAUUUUAUUUUUUCCGCUUUUUUACCGGUUUUUCCAAAAAUUCACGGUUUCUCCCAUUUUUCAGUUAAUUGACAUUUGUUCGGCACUUACUUAUUUUUUCACUGCUAAAAAAUUGUUUUCAUUCAGUCGGUAUGAAGUGCCAAAAUGGGAGAAACCGUGAAUUUUUGGAAAAAAAACCGGUAAAAAAGCGGAAAAAAUAAAAUGGCCGAGAAGCGUAUUUAUUUAUAUAUAUUUUUCGGCCAUUGGCGCUAGGCCACGGCCACAACUUCAACUGCAUGCCGUUUCGUUCAUUGGCAUUUUUGAGAGGCAGCAUUUCACCAGUGUAUGAGGCAAUAAGAGACAAUUCAAACAGUCACAAAAACAUUUCACAAAAACAUCAAAAAAUUUUUGGGUUCCCUGGUCCUUUAAAACUACUUGAGAAAAAGUGGAAACAGGAAAAGAAAGAAAUUGACGAUAAAUCGUUGUGAAGGGUCGGUUUCAAAACUCAUCUAAACUAAAAUGUUGAAACAAGCUGCCAAUUAAAUUAUCGUUUUCAGAGAAUAGACAACACGUACGGAAUAGCCUCCUCGGCGGCCGGCACUCAAUUGUAUCAGGCGCCCGAACAGCAAAUGGGACACGACUACAGGUAGAAUUCGUUUUCAAAGUGUUCCUUCACGUUUUCCUCUCCGAAUCAUUUGAUUCUGUUCGAAAAUUCGUUGAUUUUCAGUGAAAAAGUGGACAUUUGGUGUUUCGGUCUGACUCUUUGGGAACUCGCGAUCGGACCCAAUUUGGAGGACAAUCUGAACGGAAUUUCGCCGUACGAGGAGAUUAUAGUAGAGAGAAUCGACGGAUUUCCCGAUUCGCUCACCCUGCUCAUCGCCAACUGGUUCGUUUUUUUAGUGAUGCAAAAAAUGCUCAAUUUCUUCUCGAAAUCAAGCGAACAUUAUGGGGUUAUUCAGGCUGUGAAAAAAUGAUUUUAAAAAAAAACCCAAUUCAACGGUGUAAAAAAACGAAAAAAAAAACGGAAAACGAACAUACGCUGAAUAGCCCCAUUACAUUUUUCCUAUUACCCUUUCAAAAAUGGUUGCAGUGUGCGCCGUGACCCGUCGGAUCGCUGGAACGCCGAUCAAAUCGAGCGAAGCGACUAUUUGCGCGGACUCGCCGAGCCGAAUACUCAAAUUGUGGCGGAUUUUGUGAAUAAAUAUUAUCAACGGUAG